GCGGCGGGCCGGGCCCCGGGCCGGGGCGCUGCUGGCGCUGCGGGCGCUGCUGGCCCUGCGGGCGCUCCGGGCCGCCGCGCACCCGCAGUGCCUGGACUUCAGGCCGCCCUUCCGGCCGCCGCAGCCGCUGCGCUUCUGCGCGCAGUACUCGGCCUUCGGCUGCUGCGCUCCCGAGCAGGACGCGGCGCUGGCCCGCCGCUUCGGGGCCCUGGCAGCCCGCGUGGACGCCGCCGUGUGGGCCGCGUGCGCCGGCUACGCGCUCGACUUGCUGUGCCAGGAAUGCUCUCCGUAUGCAGCCCACCUCUACGACGCCGAGGACCCGUCCACGCCCCUGAGGACGGUGCCCGGGCUCUGCCAGGACUACUGCCUGGACAUGUGGCAGACGUGCCGGGGCCUGUUCCGCCACUUCUCGCCCGACCGCGUGCUCUGGUCGCUGGAAGGCAACCGUGCCAAGUUCUGCCACUACCUGUCCCUGGACGACGCGGACUACUGCUUCCCGCACCUGCUGGUCAACGAGAACCUCAACGCGAACCUGGGCCGUGUGGUGGCCGACGCCAAGGGCUGCCUGCAGCUGUGCCUGGAGGAGGUGGCCAACGGGCUGCGCAACCCCGUGGCCAUGGUGCACGCGCGGGACGGCACGCACCGCUUCUUCGUAGCUGAGCAGGUGGGGCUGGUGUGGGCCUACCUGCCCGACCGCUCGCGGCUCGAGAAGCCCUUCCUGAACAUCAGCCGCGCGGUGCUCACCUCCCCCUGGGAGGGCGACGAGCGCGGCUUCCUGGGCAUCGCCUUCCACCCCCGCUUCCGGCACAACCGCAAGCUCUACGUCUACUACUCCGUGGGGGUCAGCUUCGACGAGUGGAUCCGCAUCAGCGAGUUCAGGGUCUCCGAGGAUGACGAGAACGCCGUGGACCAUGGCUCUGAGAGGAUAAUUCUGGAGAUUGAAGAACCAGCCUCGAACCACAACGGGGGCCAGCUGCUCUUUGGGGACGAUGGGUACCUCUACAUCUUCACUGGAGAUGGCGGGAUGGCCGGAGACCCCUUUGGAAAGUUUGGAAAUGCCCAAAACAAGUCGGCGCUGCUGGGCAAGGUGCUGCGCAUCGACGUGGACCGCAACGAGCGCGGCCCGCUGUAUCGCAUCCCGCGCGACAACCCGUUCGUGGGCGACCCCGCCGCGCGGCCCGAGGUCUACGCCCUGGGCGUGCGCAACAUGUGGCGCUGCUCCUUCGACCGCGGCGACCCGGCGUCGGGCGCGGGCCGCGGGCGCCUCUUCUGCGGCGACGUGGGCCAGAACAAGUUCGAGGAGGUGGACCUGGUGGAGCGCGGCCGCAACUACGGCUGGCGCGCGCGCGAGGGCUUCGAGUGCUACGACCACAAGCUGUGUGCCAACGCGUCCCUUGACGACGUGCUGCCGAUCUUCGCCUACCCGCACAAGAUGGGCAAGUCGGUCACGGGGGGCUAUGUGUACCGCGGCUGCGAGUACCCCAACCUGAACGGCCUCUACAUUUUCGGCGAUUUCAUGAGCGGGCGUCUGAUGUCCCUCCGAGAGAAAACGGGCACAGGCCAGUGGCAAUACAGUGAGAUCUGCAUGGGCCGUGGCCAGACCUGCUUGUUCCCAGGCCUCAUCAACAAUUACUACCCACACAUCAUCUCCUUCGCAGAGGACGAGGCCGGGGAGCUGUACUUCAUGUCUACCGGUGUGCCGAGUGCCACAGCUGCACGUGGAGUCGUCUACAAAGUGAUCGACCCCUCCAGACGGGCGCCACCUGGCAAGUGUCAGAUCCAUCCUGCUCAGGUGAAGGUGAGGAGCCGCCUGGUCCACUUUGUGCCCAAAGAAAAGUUCAUCCGGAGGACGGAGAGCACCCCGCGGCCCACCGCGCGCGUGCCCACCCAGGCGCCCCGCCGCAGUCGCCCCACAGCGGCCCCACGCAAACCCACCCCGCGCCCAGCACGGCCUACCCGGCGGCCAGGCGGCCGGAGGGGCGGCGGGCGGCGGCGGGGGCGGCCGAGCACGGCAGGCCCGGCGCCCUCGAACGGUGCAGUGCGCCUGGUGCGGCCCGCGGGGCUGGGUUCCGGCCGCGGGCGCGUGGAAGUGUUCGCGGGCGGACGCUGGGGCACCGUGUGCGACGACUCAUGGGACGCCAAGGCUGCGGCCGUCGUGUGUCGCCAGCUGGGCUUCGCGCACGCCGUGCGGGCCAGCAAGCGCGCCGAGUUCGGCGAGGGCCGCGCGCUGCCCAUCCUGCUGGACGACGUGCGCUGCGCGGGCGGCGAGCGCAGCCUGCUGGAGUGCACGCACGCCGGCGUGGGCACGCACAACUGCGGCCACGACGAGGACGCCGGCGUCGUGUGCAGCCACGAGGACCCCGACCUGUAGGCCACAGGUCGCUGCCCUGCCAGGCCAGCCUGCGUCCUGAGGAGCCUGGCAGGGCCCUACUGCCCCGUGUUCUCCCGGGGCUGCAGGGCGCACUGGGGGACUGGCUGCACAGCAGGAACACGUCUGGUCCCCGCAGACCCUGAGGACUCAGGGCAGCCACCCUUCAAGGGCAGACAUGGCCCCUGGCUAAGUUAACAGAGGCACAGCCAGCAGACUGAGGGAGGAGACCAGGCUUGUCCUGCCCACAGCCGAGUGGGAGGUGCCAGACAAUCUGGAGCAUGGCCUGAGGAAGGUGGCCCAGGCAGUGUGGACUGGUGGCCCUGCAGGCAGAGGUGCUGGAGAGAACAGGAAAGCAUUCAGUGGAGCAAAGAAAAACUCCUCUGACCCGUGGGUCCAUGGUGACCUGUGGGGUCAUAGCUGCCCAAGGGAGGGUCAGGUUGCCUGGGAGGAAGCCAGCACCUGUCUGGGAGGGAUUGGAUGACCUCUGAGGCUGCGUGCUGGCGGAGCUUCUGGUCAUCUCGGACCUCACCAUCGUGCCAGGCCAUGUGGGUGCCCUGGGACCCUGAGGCUCCCAGGAUAGGAGCCCCCACACUGGCUGGGUAGGGCUUCCACCCUGGCUCCCCUGUUGGGACCAUGGGGCCACCUCUGUCAUCCCCAUCCCAACACUGCUCAGUGGAACCCCGGGGACCCUCUGAUUCCCACCUCGGGCCGACCAGGCUGUGGGUCCAGGGCAGCCGCCGAUGCUGUGUCGCCCAGGCUGUGCCAACAACAUGGCUGUCCACAAACCACCCUCCCGCCUCUUCUCUCUGCCCUGCGCCCGCCUGGGAGCUGGGGUGGGGCUGGGGGCUGGGCCUGCAGCUCCCUCCUGCUUCCCAGGCAGAGGUCCCUUUGCUCACUGAAGUCCUCAGCCCUGCUCUGCGCCAGGCCUGUGGAGGGGUGUUAAGUACAACUGGGCUCAGCCUCUGGGAGGGGCAGGGGUGGUAAGCAGAUGAGUCACUAGGCAGUGAGGACAGGAUAUGGCCCAUGUCAGGGGUGUAAGUGGUUCGAGUGAGGCACACAGACCCAACUAUGCGUUGGGGGGUGAUUCCUGUGCCGAGUUCUGGGAGUUGAGCUGGCACCGGGUGGUGCGCCAGGCAGGCAGAUGGUGCAGGCUCAAGUCUAGCAGGUUCUCCCAGCUGCUCAGUGGAGCCACAUGUAGCAUAGGCGGCAGGAGAAAGCUUGAGGUCACCUUCCCUCAGCACAGCCCUCUUCUUCUGCUGUUACAGAGGGGGGAAGCGAGGGCGCAGAGGUUAAGUUUUCUAGCUGAGGGCACCCAUCCAGGGAUGGGGGAAGCCAAACUUGGACACAAGCAGCCCAGCUCUAGAGCCCCCUGCACCCCGGCUUCUGCACUCCUCUGCCCCAGUGCUACUGUGCCCACAGAGAGCCAUGAUGGCUUAGCCCAGGGGCAUGCCAGGGCCCUGUGUGGGGUGCCAGCCUGGCUGCAAGGCAGUGGCUUCCUGUUCUUCUCAAGCCUCCGGCUGCCCAGUGGUGGUUGAGUGGACAUUUCCUAGGAUGCAGGGAAAUUCUGAGUAGUGUUAGGAGCUAGGAGGGUCCUUGGUAACUGUCCAGGCCAAACUCUUGACCAUGCAGAUGGAGAAAUGAGCCCAGGGAGAGGUCACCAGAUGGGACCAAGCUGAGACUGGAGCCCAGGGAAGGCAUGGUGGUCCUCGAGGCCUUCCAAACAUGGUGGUGCCAGGGCCCUGCCUGCUGGGUCCCAGCAGCUAUUCUGUCCAGAGAGGGAUGGAAGGUUGGCAGAGGGAGCUCCCUUCCCACUCCCCAACUCAUCACCUCUCAGGCCCCAAACAAGGUUUGGGUGGUGGCUGGACUCCUGGGAAGGAGGCCUACUACCAUUCUUAAGUGGUAAAAAGGGUGGACGGGGCCUCUGCCGGGCACUGUGCACCAGGCACUGCUCCCAGUCUCAUAUGCCAGUCACUCACUUCGUCCUUACGCUAUCAUAUAACAACAUGAGCCAGGGGCUACGAUUCAACUCGUCUCCCCAUUUUACAGAUGUGGAAGCUGAGUUUCAGGGACGGUGUCACUGCCAAAUGUCACACAACCAAAAUUUGAAUUUGAACCCAAGCAGUCCAGCUCUGGAGCCCCAGCUGUGGGCCUUUCUGUUGUGCAGCCUUGAAGGCAUUGAAUGCCCCCUCCCAAGUUCAGGGACAGGCAGAGCUGGCUUCCUGUCUGCUGCUCCUUUUAUUUCCCCACCUGUGGCUAGCCACUGAGACAGCAUUCACAAAUGACUCUGUCCCCAGGGACUUCAGUCCUGUCUUAGAGUCCUCCAGAGCCUCUGCAGAUGGGGUCAAGCCUCCCCAUCUUCCCUGCCAGCCUGACCCCCUCUAAUCCAGUCCCCAGGUAGCAGCCUGGGUCAGAUGCCCAGAGAGGGGCUGCCUCUGCCCGAGGUCACACAGCUUAGUUGUGGACCUGGGGACCCUGUGCUGCAGGGAUGGCCCCAGGCCCUGACUGAGCCUUUCUUGUUCCUUGUUCACCUGUGUCCCUCUGGCAAGUCCCAGCUGGGUCAGGGCCAUGGGUGGCCACCCUUCUCCCCUGACGACAGCUCCCAUAUCCCCAAUCAGUGGCUGUAGCCAAGCACACUAGUGGGCAGCCUCCAGCUCCUCAAGGUACCCGUGUGUUUACACCUUGCAAAUGUUUGGAAAGUUCAAGGAAGCUGGAGACCAGGUUCCAGUCCUGGUUGUGUGACCUUGGGCCAGUCGCUUUCCUCUCUGAGCCUCACUGGAAAACAGAGGUAGUCAGCAGGAUUAUUAGAUGAAAAAUGAGGUGACAUCGCAGAUGUGCUCAGCACGUUCCAGGCUGCUUCCUGAACAAAAAACUCAAUGCCAGGCUGGUGGUGUCCAUGCUGGCAGCUGCCAACUGUCCAGGCCAGAGUGGGGAGGGGCAUGCCAUGUGGAGGGAGCAGCAUCAGACUGACAUGGGAAGAAAUCCUCAAAAUAGGAGGAGAAAGACCCUUCACACUAACAUGUAGAACCCAAGUCUUCUUGUGGGGGCAUCUGUCCUCUCUGCUCCUCCCCUGCUAAGAACUAGCUUUUAUUGAGCACUUACU